AUGGCAGUUCCGGUUCUGGUAGUCGUUCGUGCUACGCUGGUCGUGCUAGUUGCUGUUACCGCGGCCGCGUGUUUCCGUUACAGUACGCGCGAUCGGUUUCCGUUAUUCCCCAAAGAGAUUCCCGUUACGUUCAGCACCCGACCCGAUUCUGACAUGCCGCGUUGGACAGUCUUGCAGGCUGCGGCUGCAGGCCCUGCGGCAGCCGCUGCCAUCAGCGAUCUUUUCAGCGGGACUGGACAGCUUGUGGCACCCUCGUCGUUGGGUCUCGAUAGUGCGAUUUUGCCAGGAGCUGCAAGUGGAUUGACGCUGGAGCAGAUCGCAGUACGUUGGCAGAAGGUGCCGGGCAGACAGCAGAGCAACAGGCCGCUGCUGCGGCGGCAACUCGGCAGCAUCCACAGUCGAAGCAUCAAGUGCUGCCCCGUUCCUGCGCCUGAGGCAGCAGUCGCUGACGAUCUGGCAGCUACGACGCUGGGCAGCCUGCUGGGUGCACUGUCGCCUGCAUCCAACCAGACCAAUGCAGCCAACCAGACGUCCGUGCAGCAGGCAUUAGAGGGUCCACCGUCCAGGACCCCGGAUCGAAUGAAAGACAUCCGUAGCAUCCCAGUCUCGUUCCGUCGCACUUCCCGCGGUAACGUUGCUCCUGGCACAUCGCGAGUGGAGGCAGUUGCAGCAGCUGCAAGCGCGGCGGCGGCUGCUGCGAGCCUUAACAUGACCACAGAGCAGCAAAUUGCUGCAGCUGCGCAAGCGGCCAUUGCAUCUGGGCACGGCGUCCUGAGUCAAGACGCUUGGCAGCACUUUGCUGAAGAAGCGGCUGCGGCUGCAGGCGCUGCGGCAGCCGCUGCCAUCAGCGAUCUCUUCAGCGGGAGCGCAGAAGAACAGGCUUUGGCUGCCGGCGCCGCCGCUGGUGCCGCCAUAGCCGCGGCAGGAGGUACGCUGGCGGAACAGAUUGCAGCAGCCGCUGCAGCUGUUGCAGCGUCAGGAGCUGCAAGUGGAUUGACGCUGGAGCAGAUCGUGGCUCUGGCAAGCACUGCAGGCAGUACGUUGGCAGAAGGUGCCGGGCAGACAGCAGAGCAACAGGCGGCUGCUGCAGCGGCAGCAGUGUCUGCUGCCGCCCUGGCAUCAAACGCCACACAAACGGUCGCUGACGAUCUGGCAGCUACGACGCUGGGCAGCCUGCUGGGUGCACUGUCGCCUGCAUCCAACCAGACCAAUGCAGCCAACCAGACGUCCGUGCAGCAGGCAGUUGCAGCAGCUGCAAGCGCGGCGGCGGCUGCUGCGAGCCUUAACAUGACCACAGAGCAGCAAAUUGCUGCAGCUGUGCAAGCGGCCAUUGCAUCUGGGCAAGGCGUCCUGAGUCAAGCAGAGUUGCAACAAGCAGCUGCGAGUGGUGCUGGGGCAGCGGCAGCGGCUGCGGCAGCGGCGUCUGGUUCGUCCCCACAAGAGCAGGCUGCGGCUGCAGGCGCUGCGGCAGCCGCUGCCAUCAGCGAUCUCUUCAGCGGGAGCGCAGAAGAACAGGCUUUGGCUGCCGGCGCCGCCGCUGGUGCCGCCAUAGCCGCGGCAGGAGGUACGCUGGCGGAACAGCGGAGCUGCAAGUGGAUUGACGCUGGAGCAGAUCGCAGUACGUUGGCAGAAGGUGCCGGGCAGACAGCAGAGCAACAGGCCGCUGCUGCGGCGGCAGCAGUGUCUGCUGCCGCCCUGGCAUCAAACGCCACACAAACGGUCGCUGACGAUCUGGCAGCUACGACGCUGGGCAGCCUGCUGGGUGCACUGUCGCCUGCAUCCAACCAGACCAAUGCAGCCAACCAGACGUCCUUGCAGCAGGCAGCAGCAGCAGGUGCAGCGGCGGCAACCAUCGCUGCAGAAGCAAACAUGACGACGGAGCAGCAGAUUGCAGCUGCCACUGUGGCAGCCUUGACUUCGGGCCAAGGCGCCUUGAGUCAAGAAGAGCUACAUCAAGCGGCUGCAAGUGCCGCUGGUGCGGCGGCUGCAGCCGCCGCAGCGAGCGGCGGUCAAGAUGCACUGCAGCAGGCAAGCGCAGCCGGUGCGACCGCGGCUGCCACGGCUGCCAGCCUUGGCAUGACCACAGAACAGCAGGUUGCAGCAGCCGCACAGGCGGCCAUUGCGGCUGGGCAGGGCGUUCUGAGUCAGGCGGAAUUGCAGCAAGCUGCGGCAAAUGCUGCUGGGGCAGCAGCAGCGGCGGCUGCAGCCGCGUCUGGUGCGACACUACAGGAGCAGGCGGCUGCCGCUGGUGCGGCUGCUGCCCAAGCCAUCAGCGAGUUCUUCAGCGGGACCCCAGAGGAACAGGCCCUCGCAGCUGGGGCUGCUGCCGCCGCAGCCAUCGCCGCAGCAGGAGGGACGCUGGCGGAGCAGAUACAGGCGGCUGCACAGGCCGUGGCAGCCGCAGGAGCUGCAAGCGGGUUGACACUGGACCAGAUCGUUGCGCUGGCAAACACCGCAGGCAGUACAUUGGCAGAAGGUGCCGGGCAGACAUCAGAGCAACAGGCCGCUGCUGCGGCCGCAGCCGUGUCUGCUGCCGCCCUGGCAUCAAACGCCACACAAGCGGUCGCUGACGAUCUGGCAGCUACAACGCUGGGCAGCCUGCUGGGUGCACUGUCGCCUGCAUCCAACCAGACCAAUGCAGCCAACCAGACAUCUUUGGAGCAGGCAAUCGCGACUGGAUCGAGCACAGCUUCCAUCGCUGCCAGCCUCAACAUGACCGCGGACCAGCAGGUCACGGCAGCUGCACAGGCGACGAUUACGUCCGGCCAAGCGGUGUUGGAACAAGCCGAUAUUCGAUUGGCAGCUGCACGAGCUGCUGGUGCAGCAGCAGCGGCGGCUGCAGCUGCCGCUGGUGCGACAGUUGAGGAGCAGGCAGCUGCUGCUGGUGCCGCUGCCGCCGAAACUGUCGGCGACAUCUUUAACGGGACCGCAGAGGAGCAGGCCUUGGCAAUGGGUGCUGCUGCCGGCGCUGCUGUGGCCGCAGCUGGAGGGACGCUGGCGGAGCAGAUACAGGCGGCUGCACAGGCCGUGGCAGCCGCAGGAGCUGCAAGCGGGUUGACACUGGACCAGAUCGUUGCGCUGGCAAGCACGGCAGGCAGUGCUUUAGCGGAAGCUGCCGGGCAGACGGCGGAGCAACAAGCAGCGGCUGCAGCGGCAGCAGUUUCCGCUGCCGCCUUGGCCUCCGGUGCAACCCAGCAGGUGGCGGAUGAUUUAGCGGCCAGGACGCUGGGAAACCUGUUGGGAGCGCUGUCACCAGCAUCCAACCAGACCAAUGCUACCAACCAAACAGCUGCGGAGCAGGCAAUCGCCACGGGCGCGAGGGCGGCAGCUGCAGCUGCCAGCCUCGGUAUGACCUCAGAGCAGCAGGUCACAGCAGCCAUACAGGCGGUGAUUACGUCCGCCCAGGACGUUUUGAGCCAGGCGGAAUUGCAGCAAGCUGCGGCAAAUGCUGCUGGGGCAGCAGCAGCGGCGGCUGCAGCCGCGUCUGGUGCGACACUUCAGGAGCAGGCGGCUGCCGCUGGUGCGGCUGCUGCCCAAGCCAUCAGCGAGUUCUUCAGCGGGACCCCAGAGGAACAGGCCCUCGCAGCUGGGGCUGCUGCCGCCGCAGCCAUCGCCGCAGCAGGAGGGACGCUGGCGGAGCAGAUACAGGCGGCUGCACAGGCCGUGGCAGCCGCAGGAGCUGCAAGCGGGUUGACACUGGACCAGAUCGUUGCGCUGGCAAGCACGGCAGGCAGUACUUUAGCAGAAGCUGCCGGGCAGACGGCGCAGCAACAGGCAGCGGCUGCAGCGGCAGCAGUUUCGGCUGCCGCCUUGGCCUCCGGUGCAACCCAGCAGGCAGCGGAGGAUUUGGGUGCCCGGACGCUAGGAAGCCUUCUGGGAGUUCUGCUGCCUUCGUCCAACGAGACGAAUGCAGACGGCCAGACAGGUGUGCAGCAGGCUGAAGCAGCAGGUGCGGCGGCAGCGAGUAUGGCUGCAGAAGCGGGUAUGACAACCCAGCAGCAGAUCACAGCUGCAGCUGUGGCUGCCUUGACUUCGGGCCAAAUCCCACCUCUCGUUGUGGACGACCUGGAGGACGCGGUUUCAAGCGCUGCUGGUGCAGCGGCCGCGGCUGCCGCAGCAGCGGCAGGACAGGAUGUUUUCCAGCAGGCCGCGGCUGCUGGCGCUGCAGCUGCUGGUGCCAUCACCCAGUACUUUGGUGGGAGCCAAGAGGAGCAAGCACUGGCAGCUGCGCUGGCUGCCGCAGAAGUAGUGGCUGCUGCUGGAGGCAGUGUGGAAGACCAGAUUCAAGCAGCGGCGGCUGCUGUCGCUGCACAAGGAGCCUCCGAUAGCCUCACUCUGGACGAGAUCGCAUCCCUUCUCGGUCAAACAAAUCUUCCGCGACUCUCAGCGGAAAGUACAGACCUAAUGGGUGCAGGUGUGAUGUGGGGUUUGAUCGCGACGGCCGCGGCCGGCAUUGCGGUGAUUCUUGCCGUCGUUAGCGUUGGAAAGAUGCAGAAGACGAGGCUGAAGCAGGCACAAGCCUUGCGUCAGGCCACUGAAGAGGCCAAGUUAGCCGAGCGGAUGCAAGACAACUUUGACGCAACACGUGCAAAGAUCUGCGUGAUGUUGCCUAAGCUCGAGCCUGGCCAGGGAGUGGGCCCGCCGGUCACACGCUUCUCAUCCGUCGUCGAGGGCAAGAAGGACUUCAACUUCGCCGAUGACGUUCUGCCUGGUGAGCGGGAAGCACCACAAGAUACUUUCCGCGGAAGUCACUGGGGAGCAGAUUCCUUUUCCUUGGAGCUCGGUAAUGAGGUGAUUUCGGGAAACCGGAACUCGACCUCGUCCAUCAGCAGGCUCCCAGCGUCUCCUCCUGCAACGGCAUCGGCGAUCCAGAACGACUUCUGGACGGCACCAGAGGUCGGGGACGACGAGCUUCCAACCAUCAAGCCAGGCCGAGUGCGCCGCGGCUUCAAGGCCACACGUCAAAGGAGCGGCCGUGUUGCUGCCGUGACGAAGCACAGUGGAGACAGGUCAGCCGUGAAAACCAUGGCACGGCUGGGCCUUCUCGGGGCCAUCCUCCUCGUCUCACCUUUACGAUCACCAGGUUUUGCCAGCAACUCUUCAACAUGCUCGCUUCCCGACGGGUGUGUUGCUGGCUUUUCAGAGAAUGAAGAAGAGAACAUCCAGGUCAAACUGCUUCAGGUCAACGUGGAGUUAGGGAGGACAUCGGAUGCUCGGGAGCAUCCCGGUGGGCGGCGGUCGCUGGCUGAAAGACUUCGAGAGGGAUGGCAACGCAAAUUCCUGCCUGUCACCACCUCGAUCCUCUUGCCACAUGGUUUCGCAUUCGUGAUUGCGCAGUUCCUGAUCCGGCGCCACCGGAACAAGAAAGCCGAGUGCUUUACGGACCCGCAGGAGGAUGCUCCCAGGAGUCUGCCUUACAUCGCUGGAAGAGUGGGUCCGAUGUGGCUGAUCCACGCGCUCUCCGUGUUCGUCUAUGCAGUGUCGGCGCCAAGCUCUGACUACAUGUAUCUGAACUCUUUUGCAAAGCACUAUGCUGGUGGCCAUCCUACGGAUUGUUCCACAGCGAUGGACACGAUGCCAUGCAGCCGGGCGGUGGUCGAUGUUACGCAAAUACAGGUCAUUCGAGGGUUUGCAUUGCCCAUCAUCCAAUUUUUUGCUGGACCUGCAUUGGGAGCCAUCAGCGACGCCUUCGGUCGGCGCCCAGGAGUAAUUUUGAUACGAAUUGCAUUUGCAAUUUCGACCGGGACUGGAGCAGCGGUUGCUUGGUUUGACCUCUCUGUCUGGAUUGAUUUUUGGAUUGGCUUUCUUGGGAUGAUCCCUUUCCUUCCAGUGCCUUUGGCUUGGUACAUCGACCGCAUUGACCAUACGCCCAGCAUCGUCAUGGCGACAGCUCUGAUCGAAAGCUCCUGCACACUUGCGUCAAUUCUGGGCUCUCUCCUUGGUGGCUUCCUCAGUCUGAAGGUUGCAAUGCUGAUUGGCUUCUUGGGAAAGAUGAUGUGUCUGCUGCUCGCACUCUUCGCCUUACCAGAGUCGCUUCCGGAAGAAAAGCGAAUCCGCUUCACCUGGUCCAGCUUGCUUCCCACUGCAGCGCUCCGGGUGCUUUUCCAAAGCCCUCUGGUGGAGAAGCUUACUGCGAUUGCCGUCAUAGAUUCAUUCCAUUACAAUGGCUUUUACACCAUGAUGAACCGUUUCUUUCAGCAGCAUCUAGCAUUUACACGGCAAGAGAUGUAUUUGCAGGCCAUGAUAGCACAAUUCUCAGACAUGAUCUGGCUGACCUUGGGCGUGUCUGCGCUUUGGCCUAUCCUCGGGCAGGUUGGCAUCCUGGUUUCGAGUACACUUGCCACGGCCCUGUCGGAUGUGCUUUUGAUGAUGGCGGGGAAGAGCUGGCAGGUGAACCUGAACUGCCUGAUCCUGGGAGGUUUGGGGAACAUGAACAGCUGCGUCAUUGCCGGCAUUGCCGGUCGAGCCGCUUCCCAGGAGAAGCAGGCGAUGUUCCAAAGCGCGCUGAAUUUGGCGAUCCAAGUCAGCAGCGCUUUGGGCCCUGCAGCCUUCAUGACCGUCUACCAGCUCUGUGACCCCACAGCGCCGGGGGCUCCACGCUGGAGGAUGUCCAUCUACGUGCUCUAUGGAGUCAUGUUUGCCGUUCCGAGCCUGAUGCUUUCACUGGCACUCCGCCGGUUCAUCGAAGAGGAGAAGGACCACGAUUCCGGCUUCAGCAGUUGA